GUUUCCGUUCUUCCGCCGCAGUUUGUUUGUACUACGAUUUGGUGAACGUUGGAUACUCUAAGACAAUUAUAUUUACGGAAUGGAAUUAUCUAUGUAAUUAUGUGCAGUAAAUUUUCCUCUAACGGAUUUAUUUUAUAUUAACUUCUUUUUUCUUUUAAAGGUAAAUAUAACACAAUUUAUAACCGUACACAGAGGAAGGUAUCCUCUUUUAAAUAAUUAACAAAGUACAACUACAAUUAGUGCGCUACGCCGCUUUUAAUUUAUUCAAAAACGGAUAUUAAACCUAAAAUCGAAAGAAAAAAGUGGCUAUUGACUCAUAACACUACUUGAACAUUUUUUAACAUUAUAGUAUAAUAAUAGGUUAUCAUCCGUUUUACGAGUACAGCACUUUUUCAGUGUGAAAUUAUUAUUCAUAAUCGUGUGCUUUUGAAGCUUUUUAUCAUAGAGAUUAAAUUUAUAAUAUCUAAAUAUAUCUAAUAUACAGUGUUUUCUUGUAGAUAAUGCAAAAUAUAUAUUGCGUAAUUGUUAAAACUAUAACUGGAUAAGAAGAAUAGCUUUUUUUUAUUUUAUAUAUCUAUAGCGUAUGCCUCUCUCGUCUUCUCUAUCACGUUCUCCUAGCUAUCCUAUUACACUUUAUCUUCUCUUUAAAGUAUAUAAAAAAAAAAACUGAACAUAUUUCAGAAGCCUAAAUAAAAAAAAAGAAUAAAAACAAAAUAACAUUUCUUGAAAAGAACAUCGAACGGUUUUUAUUCUAUCUAUAUUAGCUAUUUAUAUAUGAAUUCAUUUAAAUAAUGUAUUAAAUCAACUACAAUUCUUUUUAAUUAUCAAAUGAAAAAAUGUUAACUAUAGUGUAAUAAAUUAAUAAAUAAUACUUUUUACGUAUGCCAACAACGAAGACGAUGAUAGGAAAACUGAUAAAUAUAAAGGCUAUUUUGUUUCUGUUAUAUAUUAUAUUAGGUUGAAUCACAUAUACAAGUAAAUAUAUUUAUAUACUGUUAAGGUAAUAUGUGAAGCAAAAUAGCUAUAAAAGCGUGUUUUAAGUGCGCACUUUAACCGACAAUAAUGAUAUCCUGUAUUCAAUUUUAUACGUCAUGGACUACAUCUUUAAUAUAUCUCCAUUUCUUACUAAGUUAAUAUCUCAAUUUGGAUUUAAAAAUAUAUCUUUUACAGUAAUUCCACGAUGAAUGGUUCAGCAAAGGAAGCCGACGUUCAAAGCGGAACGAAAACGAAGCAUAGAAUCAAAUUACCAAACUUGAAAGAUUUCCUACCAAAAUUUCUCAGACGAAAACGGAAGUCGCGUGACGCUCUGAACGAGGCAACGCCGUCAACGUCGAAAAAUGACCGCCUAAAUAGAUCGACUGGUGCAUUACAUUUACUGGAUGAUGACAUUCCAGUAAAAAGAGAGAGCACGCUACUAGCUAAUAAAAGGCAUUCCAAAUCUGUCGAAUGUUUGCUAAGUUCGAAAGGUAUGGAGAUCCCUAACGGACUGGAUUUGAAAGGCGAACAUCAGAAUGAAUUAUUUCAAAAAAUCACUAAACGUUUCCCAUCUAAAAAAGAAGAAAGAGAAGAAAAAUGCGAAUAUGUUGUAAAUCCUCACAUAAAGCAGAAACGUCAGUCGUCAACUGAAGUUGAGAAAGAAAUUUCAAUGGAGGACAAAGGCGUUACCCCCGUUUUUACGGAAUUUGAUCCUGAUAAAACUCCUUCUUGGUCUUGCAGUCUAGAUGAUUUAGAUAAAGUUAAACCACUGGCCAAUGAGGGGCAUAAACAUCGUUUAAAAAUAAGGCCUAAAGUUCGACCUCCAACUCAAUUGGCUAAUAGGAAGGCCAAGAGCAAGAAGGCUCCGCUACCCCCCGACUCUCCUUCUAAAGGAUUAGAAAAAGAGGUUACUAAAAUUAGAAUACCCUCUGGUGAGAAAAGCCCGAAAGUGCCCAGGACACCACCUCCCAAGCCUUUAUCUUUAAUUAAAGAAAACUCGUCUAAAUCUAAGGAUAUAAGCGGGAUUGAGAAAAGUAAUGAGGUGGAAAAAAAAGGGGAUGUUGCUAAAAAAACCGAAGAGAAUGCUAAAACCCCUCCCACUAGGAAAUCGGAAACUUUGGCUAACUCGACGUCACCUGCUAAAAAGACUCCCGAGUCUCCAACUCCUCUAUUAAGAGCCAGUAGGAGAAGUAGAAAUAACUCGGGUAGUGGAAAUGAAGGCAUACAUAGUCCAAAGCCAAUUACUUCCGUAUCAGAAAAUAUGGUACCAGUUCCGAAACCUAGGGCUAUGCCAAAGGAACCUUCACCUAUUCCAAAGCCAAGACUUUCAAAGGAGUUCAAAGAACCGAGAGCGUCAUUAGGAGAAUCCUCCUCGCUCCCUCUUCCCUCAAAACACGUGGAAACAGUGCAAAAGUUAUCAAGUAAUGAGAAACCAUUUGAAUUAGCAUCGACUAAAGUUUGUGAUAUUAAACGAUCCCAUACCACGAAGACUACUCGUGUCAGCCCUGAAGCUGAUAAGUCUAAAAGAAGAUCAGUUGAUAUCGAAGUAUUAGCGGCCAAUGAAAAGCAAAAUUCUUCUAGUGAGACAGUCAAUAGAGCUAUAGAAGAAAAAAAUAAGAAAAUAAAUAUAGAUAAAGGUACAGAUAAGGAAAGGAUCUCUUUAGUCGAUAAAAAUGUAGCGGCUAAUAAGGAAAACCUAUCAAAAAUUUUAUCUCGUAAUUCAAGCGUUGUAGAAAAAGUCGAUCCGGAAAAUUGCUCUAAAAUUGCAGAGGAGUUAUUAUCUGGUGAAAAAGAAAUGAAAACAACUGAAACAGAGCCUGUAGUUCUUCGUAGAACUCUCUCAGUUGGAAAAGAAACCGCUAAAGGUCAAACAGAAGGCGGGAAGAGGCAACCGGAUUGGAUAGCCGAGGCUAAGAAGCGAGCCUCGACAUGGAAAGAUCCGGAUGAUAAUUCUCCAAUAUCGGGUGAAUUUGAGGAGAUUGAAGAGAAGAAACCUGCAGCUUCCCCACGUUCCCCUUCAACUGCAAAGAAAGCGAAUACACUUCCGACACCAAAAGCUGAUAACGCUGUCGCAGAGACGACAGCAGACGAGAAGACAUUAACAAAUAAGCCGGUCUUUCGAAAAUCAGAUGGAAUUCAGCUUAAUGAGGAUAAGAAACCGAUUAUAAAUAAACCUAAGCCGGUAUUUGUGCCAAAGGAAAUUAGGGCGGACGUUUUUUCUAAAGGCUCCUCUGAAGUAGACCUAGUUAAGCCUAGUGAUUUAAAAAAAGUUACGACUAAAACAAGCCAAAAUUCAUCUACAAAUACCCAAAGUGAUUCACCAGCCGCUGAUAAGGCGAACAAAGAAAAUAAGCCGAAGGUAAAUUAUUUAUAUUUUCUGAUAUUUUUUCAGUCGAAAAUCAAUAUUUACGCAAUUUUCUUAAACUUGUCUUUUAAAUAUUACUUUUCAACUGCAAAAAACACUGGAAAAUUAUAAACAUAAAACAAAAAUUGGUACUUUUGAAAGAAUACAUUAAGAAUGUUUUUAUCAUGAAAUUUUAGGUUGAACAACAAAUUCAAGUCUUUGAAGGGGAUUAUUAAUAAAUGAAUAGG